AUGGUUCGAGCUCUGGAAGGCGCCCUGUUCGGGUUCCUGGUGCUGGCCAAUCUCUCUCUCGGUCUCUACUUCUCCUUCCGCAAAAGGAACACCGCUGCCGAUAGUUCCGCGACGAGAAACGAGGUGUUCCUUGCGAGUCGGAUGCUGAAGACGCUGCCCCUGGCCGCAUCUUCUGUGGCAUCGCUCUUCUCUUCGACGGGGCUCGUCGGCUUCCCUGCUCACUACUACGCCUACGGCUGGCACCUUUCUUGGGGAUACCUGAUGCCUUUAUUGCUGAUCCCUCUGGCCACGCACGUCGUCGUACCUGUGCUGUACAGGCUGCGCAUCACGUCGAUAUUCGAGUACAUUCGUAUGCGCUUCAACGGCCACAUCUCCCUCACAGCGUGCUUCAUCUACAUUUUUCUCACGCAAACUGUGGGCGCAGUCUCUAUUUUCGCUGCAUCACUCACUCUUGUCACAGGACGCCAGGCCAAAAGGGUUAAAGAAACCUGA